CGCGUCCAGGGCUACCAGGAAGCAAACACGAAGUAAGUUGAUGAUCUACAAUGUGUAGACAGAGAGCUGUAGAAAAGGUACGAUUUCUAUUAGCUAAGUAUUAACUCUUAGUUUUUGUUGAAUUUUAACACCAGGAUGUCGUAGCCUACUCUUCAUAGAGAAACUCUAGUUUUUGUGGACAGAUUCGAGGGAGUGACACAGGCAGUGCUCGACACUACACAGUGCUGUGUGCGAUGUUUACAUUCUUGAGACACCACCAUGCGAUCAAGCAGCUGGAAAUGAAGCUAGUUAGCUAACUAAUGUAUCUAGCUGUACUAGCUAAUUGCUAUUGUGGGGACUGACAGUUUAUGUGAACAAUCACAAUAUAGCUUGAUAAAUGUAUGACUUCUAGGCUAACUAACUAUCCCUUUUAGUUUGUGAUAGGCGUUUGAUGACGUGCCCAUACACCUGCAUUAGCUAGUAUAGCUCUGCCUGCAUGAACUGUUAACAGAUUGUCUUAAAGUACAGUAAGCCUAUUGCCAUUACAUAUUGCCAUUGCCUUUGCAUUAGGCUAUAUGCAAACAUGCCAUGCACACAUUAGUCUUCAUAUACAACUUGUCCUAUAACAGGGUGUUUCAUGCAAAUUUAGCAUGACCUCUAUUCAUAAUUUAAAAUAACCACAAUGUAACCUUUUGUCCAUUUGUUGUUUUUGUAAACACUGAACAUUACUUUAGCAACCAUUUCAGCUAAUGUAAUAAUAACUGCAGUUGAACUGUGUUCCUGUACUCUGGAAGAAAAUCCUCUGUGUGUGUCUCUUGUGUUUGGCCCUGUCUUUGUCUGUUCAUGGCUCUCACAUGCUUCUAAUCAGCUUGACAAACAGGAAGACUCUGCGGAGAGGUGAUAACCGUGGCUACUUUAAGGACAACACUAGUUACUGUAUAUAGCCUAGGUGAUGUCCUGUGGCUUGAGAGAGGAGCAGAAUAGCUAGACCUGUUUGGGAUGUUGUGUUAGUAGAGGGAGAGUGGGAGGAGUUAAAUGUGGCUACUAUCUAGGCCUAAAUGUACUGCUGUAGUCAACUGUAUGGAGAGUGACCUGAAACUAGCAGGGUUAGAUAGGGUGGGUUAGGCUGUGAACAGUUUCUCUCAGCACUGGGGUGUGUGCUGCGGACAGUGAAGGCCUAGCUUACUGCUGUUGUCUUUGUUUUCUCUGCUCUUACUGUUUCUCUUCUUUUGUUUCUUAUUUCCCACCUCUGCGUGCUCUGCCUACAUGUCGGCUCUUGGCCUGCACUCAUAUACCAGCUUACAGUGGUAUUGUUUUGUUGUGUGUGUUUCAGUGAGCCAGGAGCCCUGCGUGUGUGUGACCCCAGCCUCAGCCAUGGCGUGCUGCCGGCUCAGCUCCAGACUGUGUCCCAGCCUGUGCUCCCGCUCCUCAGCGUACACUCUGGCCCUGGGCUUGGGCUUCGUCACCCUGGGCUCCUCCCGCAUCCUGCUGCUCAAGUUCUCUGUCAACGCACGUUAGUACUACAUUGUCAUUUAUGGACUUCAGUUUGAAUCAAUGUUUUUAUGUAACUGUUUUUUCUCUUCUUUGACCUGUAGAGAACAAGUAUGACUUCCUCCCUGCGUCUGUCAACCUGCUGGCGGAGGGGCUCAAGCUGCUCUUCUGUCUUGGCAUGUCUCUCAGAGUCAUGGUCAGAGGUAAGAGAUGGGCACUGAGGGAGAUGACACCAUCUUGUCCAAUGUCCUAAUUCAGCAUGUUUAGAAUUGUUGUUGUCGAGCAAGAAAGUACAUGAGAGAAGGGAAAUUAGAGAUGAAAGUGUAUGUAUUCCAGAGGGUCGUUCAUGUCGAGAGCUGGGCUGCUCCUCGGGCUCUGCCUUCCUGAGUUUCAUGAAGUGGUCCAUUCCCGCCUUCCUUUACUUUCUGGAUAACCUCAUCAUCUUCUACGUCAUGACCUACCUACAGCCUGUGAGUUUAUUAAUAACACACUGCAGUGUCCUAAAUGCCCAUGUUAAAGCCUCAGUUGUCUCUGAUUCCUUUCCCCCUCAGGCCAUGGCAGUGUUGUUCUCCAACUUUGUCAUCCUGACCACAGCCAUCCUGUUCAGAGUUGUGCUGAAGUAAGUCACAGUUUUGUUCUGGACAUGGUGUUCUGUACUGGGCCUAUAUGUUUGUUUACAUAGCUGAUAGUGGCACUCGAGGUAUAAGUUUCCCCUAAUGACCGGUCUAGGAUCAGCUUACCCUGCCACAACCCUAACCAAUGCAGAUGUUUUUAUCUCACUAUCAAAUCAUUUCUGGGUAACAAUUAAGUACCUUACUGUGAUUGUUUUCUAUUAAAAUGGUCAAAAAGAAACAAAAAUAGCUUCUCAGCAAGGAGCAAUUUAGCUAGGACUGUCUGGGAGUGGUGAGGGGAAAACUAGCUGUUAUUGGUAGAGAGGUUUGGUACUCUUUCUUAUUGGUCUAUUAACACAUUUACCUCCUUGUGAUGUCACUAGACAGUUCAAAACUACAUCCCACCACAACUGGCUGAAAUUUCAGGCGGUCUUUUCAAACAGCUCUUACACUAAAAGGGCAUUAUCAUUUUCACAGUAUUAUUCCAACCUUGUAGUGUGGAAAUGUAUAUAAAACACAGGAAAAUUGUGUUUUUGACAGCACUGGUCAAGCUGGAAUCCGUACUUUGUGAAACUGGCACGACCGUUUGCGAUAUUACAACAAAAGUUAUUUCAAACAACAAAUACUGUUUUGUUUUUUUACCACAAAACUGGAUGCUCCACUCUUCCGUUACAUUAAACAAAACAAAAACAAUAACAGCUUGAACCAUUAUGGAGGAAAAAUCUUAAACAGAUUUCAGAUCAGCAUUUAGGGUCAGCCUAUUUCGAUGGGCUCAUCUCUGACCGCUGCCAUUCCCCUCCUCUCCCCUAGGAGACGCCUGUCCUGGGUGCAGUGGGCCUCCCUGGUCAUCCUCUUCCUGUCCAUUGUCUCCUUGACGAUGGGGUCGGGAGGCAGCCAACUGGCCAUAGCGAUGCCGGGCCUCCACCCCAGCCCCCUCUCCCCACCCACCAACAGCUGCCUGCUCUACACACAGCUAGAGGAGCAACGAAGGAACGACAGGUUGGCAGAGGGCUGGAUGGGAGGGAAGGAGGAAGGGAGGCAGUCUGUGGAAUUCAGCACUCCUCUGUACAGUGUCCGUAUUAGGACAUCUUCACACAUCCUACAUGACACCACAAGUCUUCUUUCCCUGUCAAUAAGUCAGUCUAAGUCAGUGUUCCUGCUGUCUCCUCUCCCUCCCUUCCAGUAACUCCAGCACAUGGAGCUCAGUGCUGCCGGGGCAGGCUGAGGCGUGGCGGGGGAGGCUGAUGAGGACCCUGCGCUCCCUGGGCAUGGGUCACGUCCUCCUGGUGCUCCAGUGUUUUAUCUCCUCUAUGGCCAACAUCUACAACGAGAAGAUCCUCAAGGAGGGAGACCAGCUCCAAGAGAGCAUCUUCAUCCAGAACAGCAAACUGUAAGAACUCAUGUGAAUGUUGGCACACACAUGCAUGAAUGCAGACAUAUGACACACUCACAUAUGCACAUAGCUUCCAAACAUCCCAAUAACCACCAACUACACACAAACAAAAACACACCCACCCACACCCCAUCUCAGUCUAAAAUCUAUGUAUGUGGUUGCAGGUACAUGUUUGGCAUGCUGUUCAACGGUCUGACUCUGGGUCUAGGGGGCGAGGCGAGGGGUCUAACCAUCCACUGUGGCCUCUUCUACGGUCACAACGUCUACUCACUUGCACUGGUGCUGGUCACUGGUAGGCCACACAUACACACUGAAUUAAUCCCAUACAUUGCAAAGGACUGGUUCAUUCAUUAGCAUGAAUAGGUACAGUAUAUACUGUGUAUAUAAUAUAUGCAUUAUUAUUGAUACACUAUUCAUGACUAAUAUAUUGAUCCAUUAUUCCUGACAGUUAGGGCCUGUUGGUGGCAUUCAUCCUGAGGCUGAUUAUUAGGAAUGCAUUAUUAUUGAUACAUCAUUAUCAAUAUAAACAUUAUUAUUAAUACAUUACAUAAUUUAUCAGUAGCUGCCCUGGGCCUGUCAGUGGCGUUCAUCCUGAGGUUGAUUAUUGUAAAUGCAUUAUUAUUGAUAUAUCAUUAUCAGUAUAUACAUUAUUAAUAUAUCAAAUGUUUUAUCCCUAGCUGCCCUGGGCCUGUCGGUGGCGUUCAUCCUGAAGUUCAGAGACAACAUGUUCCACGUGCUGACAGGCCAGAUCACUACAGUCCUGGUCACGGCCCUGUCCCUUUUCCUCUUUGACUUCCACCCCUCGCUGGACUUCUUCCUGCAGGCACCCGUGGUGCUGCUCGCCAUCUUUGUCUACAACGCCAGCCGGCCCAAAGAUCCUGAGUACGGCCUACAGCGUGAGAAGCUACGUGUCAUAAACGGAGAGGUGCUGCAGAGGUCGCGAGGGGUGAGGACAUGCUUGAAUGUAUACAGUGCAUUCGGAAAGCAUUCAGACCCCUUGACUUUUUCCAAAUUUGGUUACGUUACAGCCGUAUUCUAAAAUUCAUUAAAUUGUUUUUUUCUCCCCCUCAUCAGUCUACGCACAAUACCCCAUAAUGACGAAGCAAAAACAGGUUUUUAGACAUUUUUGCAAAUGUAUUAAUUUACAAAAUUAUUCAGACCCUUUACUCAGUACUUUGUUGAAGCACCUUUGGCAGCGAUUACAGCCUCAAGUCUUCUUGGGUAUGAUGCUACAGGCUUGGCACACCUGUAUUUGGGGAGUUUCUCCCAUUCUUCUCUGCAGAUCCUCUCAAGCUCUGUCAGGUUGGAUGGGCAGCGUUGCUGCACAGCUAUUUUCAGGUCUCUCCAGAGAUGUUCGAUCGGGUUCAAGUCCGGGCUCUGGCUGGGACACUCAAGGACAUUCAGAGACUUGUCCCGAAGCCACUCCUGCGUUGUCUUGGCUGUGCGCUUAGGGUCAUUGUCCUGUUGGAAGGUGAACCUUCGCCCCAGUCUGAGGUCCUGAGCGCUCUGGAGCAGGUUUCCGUCAAGGAUCUCUCUGUACUUUGCUCCGUUCAUCUUUCCCUCGAUCCUGACUAGUCUCCCAGUCCCUGCCGCUGGAAAACAUCCCCACACCAUGAUGCUGCCACCACCAUGCUUCACCUUAAGGAUGGUACCAGGUUUCCUCCAGACGUGACGCUUCAGGCCAAAGAGUUCAAUCUUGGUUUCAUCAGACCAGAGGAUCUUGUUUCUCAUGGCCUGUGAGUCCUUUAGCUGCCUUUUGGCAAACUCCAAGCAGGCUGUCAUGUUCCUUUUUACUGAGGAGUGCCUUCCAUCUGGCCACUCUACCAUAAAGGCCUGAUUGGUGGAGCGCUGCAGAGAUGAUUGUCCUACAGGAAGGUUCUCCCAUCUCCACAGAGGAACUCUAGAGCUCUGUCAGAGUGACCAUCGGAUUCUUGGUCACCUCCCUGACCAAGGCCCUUCUCCCCCGAUUGCUCAGUUUGGCCGAGUGGCCAGCUCUAGGAAGAGUCUUGGUGGUUCCAAACUUCUUCCAUUUAAGAAUGAUGGAGGCCACUGUGUUCUUGGGGACCUUCAAUGCUGCAGACAUUUUUUGGUACCCUUCCCCAGAUAUGUGCCUCGACACAAUCCUGUCUCGGAGCACUACGGACAAUUCCUUCGACCUCAUGGCUUGUUUUUUGUUCUGACAUGCACUGUCAAUUGUGGGACCUUAUAUAGACAGGUGUGUGCCUUUCCAAAUAAUGUCCAAUCAAUUGAAUUGACCACAAGUGGACUCCAAUCAAGUUGUAGAAACAUCUCAAGGAUGAUCAAUGGAAACAGGAUGCACCUGAGCUCAUUUCGAGUCUCAUAGCAAAGGGUUUUAAUACUUAUGUGAAUAAGGUGUGUAUAUAUAUAUAUUUUUUUUAAUACAUUUGCAAAUAAAAUCUAAACCUGUUUUUGCGUUCAUUUUGGGGUAUUGUGUGUUGAUUGAUGAGGAAAAUGUUUUAUUUAAUCAAUUUUAGAAUAAGGCUUUAACGUAACAAAGUGGAAAAAAAGUCAAGGGGUCUGAAUACUUUCCGAAUGCACUUAGAGUAUGAUGAUCACACACACACACACACACACACACAACACGGAAAUCUAUACACACAGGCACUCAAACAUAAACACAACCCACUCUCACACAUAUACAGUGCGACACAGGCAAACACACAUACACACAGAGACUGCUCUAUGUGAGGGCAGCCAUGAUUCACAUUUGUGUGUAAUAUGAUUUAGACUGUGGGGAAACUAAUGUGAUUCUGUGUAAUGAACAGAGUUUAGAUUCCCACCACAGCCUUAGCCCUGGGUAACUGCAUUAGAUUUUUUUAAAUUGGGUUGGUUAGAGUAUGAUGAUCAAUGGGAGGUUCUCGAUCUAUGGAGGCUUUGUGAGGACACGCUCUGUGUGGAAGUUGCCUGUAGACAUAGAUAUAGGAUCAGCAAACCUUCCCCAAAUCCUUAAGGUGCAAAUGGCUAUUAGGUAAACACAGUCAGAAAUGUGAAAGGGUAGUGACAUUACAUAGACUGUGUUGUGAGAAUCCCCCCUAAGACAGGAAGCACACCAGAGCAACGGACGGUUAGUGUACUGAAAAACAGUGUGUGGCCAUCCUAUCGUCUCUGACCGCAGAACACCACCUCUGGCCAUCAAUUUCAGUUCAUUUGCUGUCGAUUUAUACUAGGGAUGGGCACGGUUAAUCGAAAAUCAGGAUAUCCAAACGGACGUUAGCAUUCGAUUACUUGAAUGAGUGUUCAUAAAUUAAAUUAGAUUAUCCUUGUGACAUUGUUACCUACAAGGAUAUACCAUGUGAUUUUAAACACUUAAUUUAAUAGAACAACAAACUUUUGAAUGUUGUUUUUAUAACUGUGUGUUGCCGUUGAGCUACUGCUGUGCAUUAAGCCCUCCGGUCUGCCCUGACAUGGGUAUGCUAUUUUCUCCACUUCAAAUAACAAUUACUGGCGAGACCCUGACAUAGUUUCCACAAGACCUGACACAGAUCAAUGUAAAACACUCACCAGAAAACCUUUUUGUAACAGAAUCAGUUCUAUCAAACUAAUACAAAAAUAGGAACACAAGACUUUAUCGUUGGUCUUUUUACAGAAAUGUUUGGUGAUCGACUAGGAUCACGAUCGACCGGUUGGUGGCCCCUGCCCUAGCACAAUACCUCAGAUAACCCUUCAUGGGUGGUAGACUGGAACACCUUACACUAUACCUCAGAUAACCCUUCAUGGGUGGUAGACUGUAACCAUUACACAGUACUUCAGAUAUCCCUCCAUGGGUGGUAGACUGGAACACAUUACACUAUACCUCAGAUAACCCUUCAUGGGUGGUAGACUGUAACCCAUUACACAGUACUUCAGAUAUCCCUCCAUGGGUGGUAGACUGGAACACAUUACACUAUACCUCAGAUAACCCUUCAUGGGUGGUAGAUUGGAACACAUUACACAAUACCUCAGAUAACCCUUCAUGGGUGGUAGACUGGAACCCGUUACACUAUACCUCAGAUAACCCUUCAUGGGUGGUAGAUUCAAGGCCUGGUUAUUUAUUCAUGUUCCAGAAUGUUGCAUUUGACCUAAUGAAACCCACGUUUAAGAGAUUACAUGUCACCCCCAGGAAACUCAUUGGGGUUGGUAACUGUAACGAAAGGCCUACACGUUUAAGAGAUUACAUGUUAUCCUAGGAAACCCAUUGGGGGGGGGGGGGGUGGUAACUGUAACUGCAUGUGUCUAGAGAAGAGGGUGAUCGGGUGAAGCCAGCAGGGGUUGUAUGAAGUAGAAGGGAUUGUUUGUAGGGAGAGCGAGAUGGAUAGACCGCAUGCCUUCAGAGAAUCUGAAAUAGCAGUCGCUUCUAUUUAGGGAGAUGGGUGGACCGCAUGUCUGUCCUCAGGCUAUGUGUAUUAGGGUUAUUAGGGUGUCCUCAGCCCCUGUCCCCCUCUCCUCUGUCCCUCUAUCCCUACCUCCCUCUAUCCCUCUAUCCCUACCUCACUCCCUCUAUCCCGUCCUCCCUCUAUCCCGUCCUCCCUCCCUCCCUUCUCGUCUGGUCUGCGAGUGCCAGGCUUGAUGCCCAAUAGGCUGCAGGGCAGGCAGGCAUGAAGACUGGUGACGGCCCAGAGCCAGAGAGGAGAGAGGGCAGAGGGCUUAAAAGAACACCAGCCAUGGGGUGUGGAACAGAACAAUACCUCUACAGAAUACCAUCCAUGGGUUGUGGAACAGAACAGUACCUCUACAGAACACCAGCCAUGGGGUGUGGAACAGAACAGUACCUGUACAGAACACCAAAUCAAAUCACAUUUGAUUGGUUGUAUACACAUAUUUAGAAGAUGUUAUUGCGGGUGUAGCGAAAUGCUUGUGUUCCUAGCUCCAACAGUGCAGUAAUAUCUAACAAUUCACAACAAUACACACAAAUCCAGAGUCCAGAGUAUAAAUAUAUACUGAACAAAAAUAUAAACGCAACAUGGAAUGUUUCAUGAGCUGAAAUAAAAGAUCCCAGAAGUUUUCCAUACGCACAAAAAGCUUAUUUCUCUCAGAUUUUGUGCACACAUUUGUUUACAUCGCUGUUAGUGAGCAUUUCUCAUUUGCCAAGAUAAUCCAUCCACCUGACAGGUGUGGCAUAUCAAGAAGCUGAUUAAACAGCAUGGUCAUUACACAGGUGCACCUUGUGCUGCGGACAAUAAAAGGCCACUCUAAAAUGUGCAGUUUUGUCACACAACACAACGAAACAGAUGUCUCAAGUUUUUAAAGGAGCAUGCAAUUGGCAUGCUGACUGCAGGAAUGUCCACCAGAGCUGUUGCCAGAGAAUUCAAUGUUAAUUGAUCUACCAUAAGCCGCCUCCAACGUUGUUUUAGAGAAUUUGGCAAGACAUCCAACCGGCCUCACAACCGCAGACCAUGUGUAACCACGCCAGCCCAGGACCUCCACAUCUGGCUUCUUCACCUGCGGAAUCGUUGCUUUUAUAUAUUUUUUACACACUCUGACAACUAGCUCUCACAGUCUCAUGUCAGAAUUAGACGUUAAUCCAUGUUUUCAAAUGUCACAUUUUGACGUGUUUAAGAUUAAGUUUAGGCAUUAACUCCACAUUUUUAAGGUUAGGGUUAAGUUUAGGCAUUAACUCCGAAUGGUUAAGAUAAGGGUUAAGGUUUGGGAUAGGCUUAAAACAAAAAUAUCAAGUAGCCUAGCGUUUAAGAUCGUUGGGCGAAUCCCCGAGCCCACUAGGUGAAAAAUCUGUCAAUGAGCCCUUGAACAACGCACUUAACCCUAAUUGCUCCUGUAAGUCGCUCUGGAUAAGAGCGUCUGCUAAAUGACUAAAAUGUCAAAUGUAAAUUUCUAUCGCUGGAUUCAAACUUGCAACCUUUGGAAUACUGACUUGUAUCAUGGGUGACCUGGCAGCUUUACUCAGAGAUAGUCAGUAUAGUUAUAUUAUCACACUACUCAGGGCCCACUGUUAGAGCUCAUUCACCUGAUCAGAAAGAGAGAGAGGAGGGAGAGAGAGAGAGAGAGGAGGCAGGGAGAGAGAGAGGAGGGAGAGAGCAAGAGAGAGGAGGCAGGGAGCAAGAGAGAAAGAGGAGGCAGGGAGAGAGAGAGAGGAGGCAGGGAGAGAGAGGAAGCAGGGAGAGAGAGAGCCAUUGGGCUGCUUGGUCUGUCUGUCCACCACAGACUGGGGCUGGGUGGGUCCCCCUGGAACUCUUUAGCGCUUAGGACUGAGGGUCUGGGCAGAGCAGAGGGGACAUAGGACAUACAUUACCGCAACUAGGAGUGCAUCUCCAUGAUGUAUCUACAUAAAGGCCUACUCUACUCUCCUAUCGCUGACACACUAACUUUAUCUGCACUACAUCAUCACUAAACAACUAAUGUAGAUGGAGGCAAGGACCUUAGCUCCCUCAAUCCAUUACUGUACAUCACAUCAGUACUUUAAACAUUUUGUGGUCAGCGGUUUCCAGGAUAUUAAAAGCAUACAGCUCUGUUUAGUCAUAUUUUACCCUAAUGGCCAUUUCAUACAGCUGGCUAUUGAUUCUGAGCUUCACUGCGUGGGUAUUUGAUGUAUAUUAUUUUAUUUUAACCUUUAUUUUAAUAGGGAAGACAUACUGAGACCUAGGUCUCUUUUACAAAUGUGCCCUGUAUAAUACAACAUCAAUAUCCACAUUACUCCUGAGUGGCGCAGUAGUCUAAGGCACUGCAUCGCAGUGCUAACUGUGCCACUAGAGAUCCUGGUUCGAAUCCAGGCUCUGUCGCAGCCGGCCGCGACCGGGAGAUUCAUGGGCGGCGCACAAUUGGCCCAGCGUCGUCCAGGGUAGGGGAGGGAAUGGCCGGCAGGGAUGUAGCUCAGUUGAUAGAGCAUGGCGUUUGCAACGCCAGGGUUGUGGGUUCGAUUCCCACGGGGGGCCAGUAUAAAAAAAUAUAUAUAUAUGUGUUCACUAACUGUAAGUCGCUCUGGAUAAGAGCGUCUGCUAAAUGACAAAAAUGUAAAUGUAAUAAAAAAAAUAAAAAGGAGUGGUUGUACCCACUGGCUGUACCACUGGUUGUACCACUAAGUUGAAUGCACCAAUUUGUAAGUCGCUCUGGAUAAGAGCGUCUGCUAAAUGACUUAAAUGUUAAAAUGUUAUCAUCUCUUUCACUGUUGCUUUUAGCCCAAAACUACGGAGAAAAGCAGCCUUCCGCUGUUUACCUCUGCAUUUGCGUCAUUCUGAUUGGUCGAAAAAAAAAAAAUCUGACUAUCCGGAUAUCCCCAGAAAUGUCCUGAUAUUAUUUGAAUAGUGAAAUAAUGUCAAAUGCCCAUCCCUAGAUUCUACAUGUUUUUAAUCGCUGUUGUUCACCGACACCAAGCAGGUAAACGCUAACCAUACCGCAUCCACCCACUGCUUUCAGAAGUUCGUCUUUCUGGUGUUAUUCCUCUCUAAUCUCCACCAUGCUUCCUUUUGUGUUUGUGUAGGAUGGGGAGGAGCUGGAGAGGCUGACCAAGCCCAACACAGACAGUGAAUCAGAGGAGGAGUCUCUCUAGCCACCCAUUAAGACCUCAUAAUGGCUCAACCCUGUGAGGUCAUCAGAAUGCCUGGCUCUGUGACAUCACAAUGGACAAACUGUCAGUCCUGAAUUAUGACUUUUCUGUAACCUGGCCUGUGACAUCAUCAGCCUGUGACAUCAGAAUGGACAUACUGUGGCUGUGUAUUAUGACAUCAGAGUUGCUUGGCCUGUGAUUUUGUUGGCCUACUGUGAUUAUGAUGUCAUAAUAAUUGAUUGUACAUCAUAGAUGCGGUAAAGAGGUCAAU